UAUGAAUUAUUUAAUUAUACGAUUUUUUAAAUAUUUAUCUUCAAAUAACUAUAAAAUCACAAAUAUAUAUAUAAUGUCAGCUUAUCACAUACCACACGAUGGUAAAUUCUUAACCUUAUCAUCAGAAGUUUCUGAACCAUUUAUUAUUCCAAAUGUUUCACCAAUUUCUUCACCUAAAUUAUUAGCAAUUCCUAGUAAUACUAGUGAAGCAUCAGCCAAACCAAUCUAUAGACGUUUAUCUAAUACUAUGGUUGAACCUUUAAAUAUGACUGAAGAAAGAGACUUCAGUGAUGACGCUACUUUAGUGUCAGAAAGAAGCAUGUCAAUCCUUGAUUUGAAUUAGCAUAAUAACUGAGUACUAAUUCAAUGUAUAUUAUUAUAUUAUCAUAUUAUUAUCAUAUUAUUAUAUUAUUACUAUUAUUAAGUAGUGGUCCUUCUGCUACUGGUCUCGGCAUGUCAUGAUUUCACUUCUGGUUAUACUUAUUUUUUUGUGGCUUUCAUUUCAAUCUUACAUUCAUUACUGGUUAUAAAAACAUACUAAAAAGUAUAUCUUAUACCUAUAGCUUGUAUAUUUAUUAUUAUUAUUAUUAUUAUUCUUAUCAUUAUCUUUUAUUAUUAUUAGUUACUUAUAAAUAAACAAUACUUACAUAGAAC